GCUUAACACACACACAGUAGAGGGCGGAUCAGAAUGUGUGUGGGUGUGUAUCAGACUGCUCUUAUACUUUGAGGUAUUAAACAGCAGGUGGACAGAGUGCAAAGUCCAGAAGCUUCUUCUCCAGAUCCAGAGCUUUCACUGAAACAGGCAGAAAGGGAAUAAUGUGGAGUCGCUCUCUCAGCCUCCUCAGAGCUCCACUGAGGCACAGUAUCACCCAAAAAGCUCAAAUCACCGAUAAACCUGCCAAACACCACAUUUCUGCAGGGGAGCAGGUCUUUGUGAUGACUGUGAUGUUUUUGACCAUCCUGGGCCCGUCUGGAUGGAUUCUGGCACAUCUGGAGGACUAUAAGAAACGUCCCUGAGUGACCCGAAUCCUCCUGCUGACUGUCCAGUCUAUCUGAAUUCCUCAUUAAAAAGCCUGUUUAAUCCCUGUGAUUAAUAAAUGAUGUGAUAUUACA